UGGGGGUGGGCCGGCCACGCGCCCCGCCGCCAUUUUGACGUCUGAGGAACAAAAGAGGCGAAGCCGCCGCCGCCGCCGGGCUGACACCAGACUGUUGGAUCGGCAGAAACACCGUCAGGUCUCGGAGGCUGCUGGGUCUGAACUGCCUUCACGACUGUCGCCGCCUUCUGUCUAAUGUGCUACAAGGAUGAGCCCAGCAUUUGGAGCCAUGGAAGUGGAGCACUAUUCCAAGGGAGUUCUGCUCGAGCCUUUUGUCCACCAGGUUGGAGGACACUCCUGUGUCCUCCGGUUUAAUGACAAGACCAUCUGUAAACCCCUUAUCCAGAGGGAACACCAGUUCUAUGAGACUCUCCCAACAGAAAUGCGUAAAUUCACUCCACAGUAUGAGGGAUAAAGCCAAAGGCGGUUUGCUGCCUGCCUCCCCCCUUUUUCCUGCUGUCCUUCCUCUGUGGCAGCAGGACCGUGAGUCGCUGCUGCUGCGCUCCUGGCCAGUGCCGGCAGUCUCGGAGCCACCAGCUCAGAAGUGCCAGUCUCUCACCGGGAGCUCUCCCCUAGCUGGUGAUGAGCUGCAAGAGCUGCGCUUACUGAUGGGAGAAUAAAGAGAGAGGACUGAAAGUAAAAUUAAACCCAGCUCAGAGCAUUGUUAUGGCUUCUUCAUUAACCACUGAAACUCGCAUCUGUUGGAGCACUCCACUGAGGCUCUUGAAGAGCAAUGCUGUGCUCUGGAGGCUCCUGAGGGGAGGAUGAGGGAAAAUGCUUUCAAGGUUCACCAUGUUUCUGUACCACAGACAGGUGUGGUGUCGGUGAGCUUUGAAGAGGAUGAAGAUGGAAACUUGUGUUUAAUAGCAUAUCCACUGAAUGGGGACCACGAUAACUUAGAAAACUUAGAUAAUUCUGACUGUGAACCCAAAAGUAAAUUGUUGCGGUGGACUAACAAAAAGACGGUGUUGUUAGAAAAUGAGAAGAUUUCCAAGGAAUGGGUCCGGCAGCACAGGAAAGAGGAAAAAAUGAAAAGUCACAAAUUGGAGGAAGAAUUCGAGUGGCUGAAGAAAUCUGAAGUCUUGUAUUACACUGUAGAGAAAAAAGGGAAUGUCAGUUCACAGUUUAAACACCAUAAUCCUUGGAGCAUGAAAUGCCACCAGCAGCAGUUACAGCGGAUGAAGGAAAAUGCAAAGCACCGGAAUCAAUAUAAAUUCAUCCUGCUGGAAAACCUGACAUCUCGAUACGAAGUACCGUGUGUGUUGGACCUUAAGAUGGGCACCCGGCAGCAUGGGGAUGAUGCCUCGGAGGAGAAGAAGGCCAAUCAGAUCCGCAAGUGUCAGCAGAGUACAUCAGCUGUUAUUGGCGUACGAGUCUGUGGCAUGCAGGUCUACCAGGCAGGCACCGGCCAGCUGAUGUUCAUGAAUAAAUACCACGGAAGGAAACUCUCGGUGCAAGGGUUUAAAGAAGCACUUUACCAGUUCUUUCAUAACGGCAAAUACCUGCGGAGGGAACUCUUUGAGUCUGUUAUUAAAAAGCUGACUGAACUCAAGUCUGUCCUGGAGAAGCAGGAGUCGUACCGCUUCUACUCCAGCUCCUUGCUCAUCAUCUACGACGGGAAGGAGAGGCAGGAGGUUGCUGUCGACUCGGACCCGGAGGACUUGGAGGACCUUUCGGAGGAGUCUUCGGACGAGUCGGCGGGAGCGUACGCCUACAAGCCGAGCACCAGCACUGUUGAUGUGCGUAUGAUAGACUUUGCCCACACCACCUGCAAGUACUAUGGUGAAGAUAGCGUGGUGCACGAGGGCCAGGACACGGGUUACGUUUUUGGACUUCAGAAUUUAAUAGAUAUUAUUAAAGAAAUAAGAGACGAAAGUAGCGAAUAAACUGUGGAUGCACGUCAGUAGAAAGCACUAUUGUGACUCUUUGUAUUCCAGAAUUAUUGGCCACUUUCUGGUGGUAGGAAUCUUUACAGGCUCUGCAGGGAUGGUCCCCUCAGGGUCAGACUUGUUCAGAGGGCAUUUACUUACAUUGGUGCUGGACCUAGCACUGGCAAAACUUGGUAUCCUUAUUUAUUUUAACUUUCUUAAACAUUCCAUAUUUGAUUACUCAGAUACCUCUGUUAUCCCUGUGUGUAUACGUUCCAAUAAAAUUCUUUUUGUUCGUUGUAAG